AUGUUUACGACAGUCUCAGUUUCUGUCUAAGAAUUUAGAGGAAUUCGAACUGCUUCAACUACUGGCACAUCAAGUUAUAGAGAUUUCUAAAGAUUGCCAGCAACUAAAACUAAUUACAAAAGGUAAUAUUUGAAAGGAGCUUCGAAUCGUGUAAAAUCAUUAAAAGAGGAAUCUCACUUUGUUUAAUUAUGCAGUGACAGAAAAAGCAAUGAAAAAUUAUUUAAAUUUAACAGAUAAGAUUAACUCUUAAACUAUAGAAAUCUUCAUUUAAAUAAGUUAUAGCCAAUUUCAAAUCAAGAACAAAAUCUCGAAAAUUAAUUACAUUAAGAAUAGUAAAAUAAAUCGUAGAUAAACUCUCCAAAUAAUAAUGUAAGAAGUUCUGGCAUCUAAUUAAUUACUGAUAAAAAGAAUUAACUGAUCGAACUAAUUUACAACUCACAAUCAGUGAUAUAGAAAUAGAAGAAAUCGUAUUCUAAUUAAUAAAAGACUGAAUAUUUGCAAAAUGGGAAAACACCUACAUAGAUAACAAUUUCAUCACCUUUAAAAAAUUAACCUUAGAUUCUAGGUCAAAUAAUAGCAUCAAGCAGAAAUAAUGGUGAUCUUUUUGUAAAAAGUACUUAACUAACAUCUUAUGGUUCGCUGAAAAUAACUACAUAAGAAGAAAAAUUAAGCUUUACUCCAAAACCAAAGAUACCUACUUCUUUGGAUGGGGCUAAGAAAUUCUUAAAAUAAUUUAUUUGA